UUCACUUUCCGCCUUCAACGAAGCUCGUUAACCUAUCGUUUCUGUGCGGUUUGCGAACCCUUAUAACCAGUUGAAUGUUGUUUUAAUCAGGGUGCGGCUGUUGAUCCGGAGAACCUGUGGAAACCCUAGUUUGAGUUGUGGCGCAUGGGGUUCGAGGAAACUAGAUCUAAGGAGGAUCGUGCAAGGAAGAAAAGAAAGAAGGGAGUAAAGGAUUUGGGUGUUGGUCGAUCGGAGAGUUUGGUUAGGAGUGGAAGGGCGGUUGGGACUAGAUCAAACGCUCUGGUGGGAAGAUAUGUUAGGAAGGAGUUUGUUGGGAUUGGAGUUUUCCUUGGUAAGAUUGUUUCUUAUAGUAGUGGAUUGUACAGAAUUGAUUACGAGGAUGGGGAUUGUGAAGACUUGGAUAGUGGUGAGAUUCGUGACAUUCUAUUAGGGGAGGGUGAUUUUGAUGGGGAUCUUAAUGCCAGGAAGGAGAAAUUAGAUCAGUUGAUUUCAGUUGGUGGUCCGAAUGCAAUGAAUACAAGAUUGGAUCAGAAUGUGGACCAGGAUGUUGGGGCUUCUGCAAAUGGAUUCAAUGAGGUUGAAGCAUCUACCUUCAGUAAGUUGGGUUCUGAUCAUGAGAAAGACUUCAAAGGAGAAGGGGUUCAACUGGAUGAAGACGACGCCGACUCUUCUAGUGACUCGUGUGAGCAUGUUCAAGUUUGCAAUUCUGGCAUGGAGAUUGAACAUCCUUCUGUUCCACCGCCUGCACUGCCUCCAUCGUCAGGCAAUAUAUGUGUGCCUGAGGAAUCUGUUUCUCAUCUGUUCUCAGUUUAUAGUUUCUUGCGUGCUUAUAGUAUACAGUUAUUUCUGAGCCCCUUUGGACUGGAUGAUUUUGUGGGGUCACUUAACUGUGUCAGCCCCAACACAUUGUUGGAUGCUAUUCAUGUUGCUCUCCUGUGUGCAUUAAGACGUCAUCUUGAGAUGAUAUCUUCCAAUGGAGCUGAGCUUGCUUCGAAGUGCUUGAGGCGAAUAGAUUGGAGCUUGCUUGACUCAUUGACAUGGCCAGUUUACUUAGUCGAGUAUUUUCUGGUAAUGGGACACACGAAGGGACGGGACUGGAAAGGGUUUUAUGAUACUGUCCUAGAUAGGGAAUAUUACACCUUGUCUGUGGCUAAGAAGCUUGUGAUCCUGCAAAUCUUGUGCGACAACGUCAUAGAAUCUGCAGAGCUAAGAGCAGAGAUUGAUAUGAGGGAAAACUCAGAGGUGGGGACUGAUAUUGAUGGGCCAGCUAGUGCCCCUCUGGACAAUGUGCCGAGAAGGGUACAUCCUAGAUAUUCCAAGACCUCAGCUUGUAAAGAUUCCGAACUCAUGGGGAUUAUUUCUGAACCUCAUGAGUUGAAUUCAAUUGCCCCUGAUGGCUUGUUGGGUUCUAAAGUUGCUAAACUGGAUACAAAUGCUGCUGAUAUCGACCAGGAUGGAAAUAGUGAUGAAUGCCGGCUCUGUGGCAUGGAUGGGACCCUCAUUUGUUGUGAUGGGUGUCCUUCAGCUUACCAUUCAAGAUGUAUUGGUCUGAACAAAAUGCAUCUACCAGAAGGGUCAUGGUUUUGUCCGGAAUGUACAAUUAAUAAAAUGGCACCUACUCUCCAGAUAGGAACAGGCCUCAGAGGAGCAGAGAUUUUUGGUAUUGACCCAUACGAGCAGGUCUUUUUAGGUUCAUGUAACCACUUACUGGUGCUCAAUGCCUCAAUGAAUGCAGGAACUUAUUCCAGGUACUACAGUCAGAUUGACAUUCCGAAAGUCCUGCAAGUACUUUGUUCAUCUGUAGAGCAUAAAAACUUGUACACAGUGAUAUGCAAUGGCAUUAUAAAGUACUGGAAAAUUCCUCCAGGUAGUAAUUAUUCUCUUCAUGCAAAAACUGAAACUGCUACAAAUCCAGCGGAUGAAAAGGAAGAGGCAAUGGUUUCAACUCCACUCAAUUCCCUUUCUGGUGAAAAAACUUGCAAAUUGAUGGAUACAAAUGAUGGUGAGAAUUGUGUUAGCAGUUUAACUGAAAAUAAUAUGGACAAUGCAACACUAUCUUGUCCAGGGAAUGAUUGCCAAGAAACUGGGUUUAAUUGUACCACCUUUAUUACAGUGAGCCAAGUUGAUUCUCGCAGCCUCAAGAAAGAUGAUUAUGCUACAACUCGACUGGUUGGUCAACAUGAAAAUAACAAACUUCAUGAUCAGCUUGGAACUGAAUCUACUGUGUCUUCUGGGUCUGUUAGCCUGCCGGCUAACCCCUCUGACUUAAACAACAAAAGUUUAGCAAUUGUGUUAGAAACUGCUACCUGUACCUCAGGAAACAGGCACGGUCCUAAGAAGGAAAAUGGAAAUGGUGUAGCUUUGCCUGCAAUUUGUGGUCCUUUGAGCAUGGUUUCUGAAAGCACAAUAGACAUGAUUUAUGCUUGCUCAUACAUGGGAUCAAACUUCAAACCUCAGAGUUAUGUCAAUCAGUAUGUCCUUGGUGAUGUUGCUGCAUCUGCUGCUGCUAAUCUGGCUGUUCUUUCAUCUGUAGAAAUUGGAGUCUCUAAGUCCAACACUUUAUCAAAUACUAAGAAACUCAUUUCUGCAAAUGUCUCACUGCAAAUGAAAGCAUUCUCUUGUGCUGUCUUUCAUUUUUUCUGGCCAAACUCUGAGAAGAAGCUAAUGGAGGUUCCAAGGGAAAAAUGUGGUUGGUGCUUUUCAUGCAAGGCUCCUAGUACAAACAAGAGAUGUCUUCUAAAUUUGGCUGCUUCAAAUGCAUUGAAAGUAGCUGUGAGAGUUCCUGGUGGCCUUCGUCCCAUAAAAAGUGGAGAAGGAAAUCUUCCUAGUAUUGCAGCAUAUAUUUUGUGCAUGGAAGAGAGUUUAUGUGGCCUUACAGCUGGACCCUUCCUGAAUGCAAGUUAUAGAAGACAAUGGCGUAAAGAAGUUGAACGAGCUACUACCUGCACUGUGUUAAAGCCCCUUUUGCUUGAACUUGAGGAACACAUUCGUGUAGUUGCUCUUUCUGGGGGCUGGUUCAAGCUGGUAGAUGAUUGGUCAGCUGAGUCUUCUGUGGCCCCAAGGACCAUGUGCUUUGCUGGAUCAACUCAGAAGCGUGGAGCGAGUGGGAAACGGAGUAGGAAACAAUCUGCGACAUCUGUAAUUACAGUUGAUCCUUGCCAAGACAGCAAUGUGGAUAUAAGCUGGUGGAGGGGAGGGAAGCUUUCAAAGAUGGUAUUUCAGAGAGGGAUUUUGCCGUGUUCAAUAGCUAAAAAAGCAGCUCGUCAAGGUGGUUCUAGGAAGAUUUCUGGUAUUUAUUAUGCUGAAGGUUCUGAGAUUCCUAGAAGAAGCAGGCAAUUUGCUUGGAGAGCAGCAGUAGAAAUGAGUGAGAAUGCGUCACAACUUGCGCUUCAGGUGAGGUACCUUGACCUGCAUGUAAGAUGGAGUGAUCUUGUUUGUCCUGAGCAAAGCUUGCAAGAUUCUAAAGGAUCAGAAACUGAAGCUUCUGCUUUCCGGAAUGCACUUGUCUGUGAUAAAAAAGUCCAUGAAACCAAGAUUACAUAUGGAUUACGUUUUCCUAAGCAGAAUCAUCUCCCAUCCCGUGUGAUGAAGAAUAUUAUAGAAACAGAACCAAUCCAAGAUGGGCUAAAGAAGCUUUGGUUUUCUGAAUUUCACAUCCCUGUAUACCUAAUUAAAAAAUAUGAAGAGGAAGCAGAAAAUGCCCUUGUGCCUAGUAAGGAUCCUCGCAUAGUGUCCAAGUUACAAAGAAGACAGCUGAAAGCUUUGCGGAGGGAUAUAUUCUACUAUCUUAUGCUUAAGGGGGACAAUUUAGACAAGAGCUCUUGCAUCUCAUGUCACAAGGAUGUUCUACUCAGGAACAUGCUGAAGUGCAGUGCAUGUCAAGGUUAUUGCCACAAGGAUUGCACCAUACGUGCAACAGCUAACAUGGAAGAUGAGGUGGAAUUCCUGUUCCUGUGUAAUCAGUGUUACCAGGCCAAUGUUCUUGCUCCAAAUAAGAAAAGUAAGAAUUCCAUGAUCAAUCAAGUCUUUCAACCAGAAGAUCAGAUACCAAUGAUUAAAGGCACUCAACAAAAUGGUUAUGAUAAGCCGUUACUACCUAUUACAAGUGCAAAGAAGAUGUCUGCAAGCAUGAAGCCAUCUGCUACAGAUACUAAUUCAGCGACCAAACGUCGACGUGGGGCUCUUCCUUCAUAUGGUGUUAAAAAGAAGAAAAAGAGAAGUAAUGAGACUGGCGCUGAUUUCAGGGCCAAUAACCUUCUCUUCAGAGGAAGUGCAGAUAUGAAACCAUCAUUGCAACCCAUUUGUUCCUUGUGCUCUAAGGAUUACAACUCUGAUUUGAUGUAUAUCUGCUGUGAAGCAUGUAGAAAGUGGUAUCAUGCUGAUGCUGUGCAACUCAAGGAAUCCGAAAUAUUUGAUGUCGUGGGGUUUAGGUGCUGCAGGUGCCAGAGGAAAGGCUCACCACUAUGCCCUUACAUGGACUCAAAGAUGGAGGAGGAAGAGGAUGAUUCCCUUAUUUUCUCUCUUGAAAGAGUUGUGCCAAUCACAGAGUCCACUUCAGAAGUUGCAUGUGAGUGGAAUACUGCUGGGGUGCAGAAACUUCCGGUCAGGAGACAAGUAAAACAUGAAAAGAUUAUGGAUUCUUUCUCUUUAAAUCCGUCUCAAGUGGAAUCUAAUUCUCUUGAAGCAAAAAUAGAUUCAAACGACACUGAUAAAGGGUCAUCUUCUCAAGUAAAAUGGGAGCUUCCUGUUGACGACUUUAAAGAUGAGAUGUUUGACUAUGAAAAUAUGGACUAUGAGAAAAUGGAUUAUGAGCCUCAGACAUACUUCUCUUUCAGUGAAUUGCUGGAGUCCGAGGACAACCAGCUGGAUUAUUUUGAUGCAUCGAUCGAUGUAGAAGGGAAUUGGAACAAUUCUUCUGGUUAUGAUGGAGCAAUCACAUCCUACAACACACAGGAACAAUAUAUAACAGACAGUGCAGACAAUUGUCAAGAAUUGGCAGCUGUAGAACCUGUUAUCAACACAGUGCCUUGUCACCAGUGUCAUAGCACUGAUCCAGCAGUCGAUCUUUCUUGUGAGAAUUGUGCAAUUUGGAUACAUAAGCAUUGUUCUCCAUGGGUUGAGCCUUCUUCCUUGGACGGUAAGUGGAGGUGUGGCAACUGUCGGGAUUGGCGCUAAUUUGGACACCCAGUUGCUUAUGCAGUUUCGGUCCUUUUGACUGCUACAUCCAUUUACCAGGGGUUGACAUUUGAUGCUGUGGAAACAAGCUAAAUAUGGCCAUACUGGGGAAGUUGGGUUCUUGCGCGUGGAUUGUACAUUUGAGGGAACAUGAACAGACUUGAAAUUAUGGCUCCUGGAAAAAGCCAAGUUUCGGAGGUCCCUUUGAAUUACUAGGGGGGGCGGGGACUGUUGGUCACAAGUCUGGAUAUGAUAGAUGCUGCUUUACAAGGAUGUUCUCCUUUUGGACAGAUGAGUGGUUCCAUUCUUUGGAAAGUGGGCAUGCUUGAUUUAUUGAUUGGUUGGGUUAGUUUGAUCAGGAUCUUAAGCUAGAGGAAAUCAUAGUUUGCUCUCAUUGAACCAGUUCUAUCGAGUGCCAGAAAAUAGGGUCCUUGGCCCCAAUAGUGAAGGAUAAGCAGGUUUUUUUGGGGUGCUUAUCUCAUUUAGUUGCAUGUAAAUUCUGAGAGAAUAUUUAGAUCUGUUUUUAUUUUAAUUAUUUUUUUUAGGG